CUCCUCUGCGAGUGGAUUGAAUAUGGCCCUUGCAGGGUGACGUUCAAUAUAAACGACGAAGAGGGUUGGAUUUCGCAUAUUAUACAGUCCCAUUUGGGCAACAACUUCCCUGAGCACUGCGUGUGUUGGUUCUGCGACGAAGAGUAUAUUGCACAAUCCAACUCAGCUGCAGACCGUUGGGCAUCCUACCAGGCGCGGAUGUACCACAUCGCAGACCAUUUCCGGACUCAAGGCCUCAGGGCUAAUCAAAUGCGUCCCGACCACUUCUUCCUAGACCAUAUCCAUCGCCACGGACUCAUUCGCGAUGAAGAAUACCGUUACGCAAUAAAUUCGCAUGAGUUGGAACAAAUUCCUGGCCUUCAUGAGGCAGGCUGGCGACCUACAAGGAAUGAUCCGAGCAAUCGGGUGGUCGAGACCAACCGACGCCAUCGC